AUGAGGGACAAGAGAGUGAGUGACAAAGUAGUUGGUAAAGAGGAAGGAUAAGUCACAAGUCCCUGUCACAAGGCUCUUCCUGUCUUUCUGUGCUGUUUCAACCCACCACAUGGAGGCGAGCACCAGUGUUGUUCGGACAAUAGAGCUGAAUGAUGGCACACGCAUGCCCCUGCUGGGCUUGGGAACAUGGAAGGUACUCUCUCUUUCUCGCUCUCUCUUUCUCUCUCUCCCACUCACACAUUGAAGGUUAUCUCAAAAUCUCAGUAUAUAUAAUGUCUCUAUGUAUUAUUGUCUCUAAGUAUGAAAGGUGUAUGUUUUUACAUUGCUGAUUGUUGUUAUUACACAGUGGGUUAAUUGGUCAUUAUGGUGUCUUUGUGUUGUUUAGUCAAGCAGUUCAGCAGCAGUGUGUCAGAGUGCGGUGGAAGCUGCCAUAGCUGCUGGUUACCGUCACAUAGACACAGCCUACAGCUACCGCAAUGAGGUCAAGAUCAGCAAGGCCCUCCUCUCCAAGAUGCAGCAAGGCAUCAUCCGACGACAAGACAUGUACGUCGUCAGUAAGGUGGGUGCUGCGGCUGCAACCAAGAGGUGGAGUCUGAGUGUUUAUGUGGGCUGGCUGUCACUGUUUCCAGGUGGACAUGAGCUUGCCCUUUGGUCUUUUAGUCCAAUACAAAGUUCAAAUAUAUAUAAUCUGAUAUGAAUAUUGUCUGUAGAGUAGAGGUCUUCUCGGGUCCAAAAAGUUGGACCCGGAGCUGAACGGACCCGAGGACAAUCAGACCAGGACCCGAACGGACCCGAUCAUAAAAAAAAGGGGGGACUCAGACCCGAACCCAUAUGGACCUGUUGACAACCAACCUAGACCAGACCCGAUUGGACCCUAGUGACAAAAUCAGUAUGUUUAUCAGCCAAGUUGCUCUUCUGGUUAACAAAUUGGUCUUUAUAUGUUGGCUUUCUAUAAGUCAAUAAAUGCACCUUAUUAGCAUAAAAUAAAUAUGCUAUAGGCUGUGCAGAGCCGUGGUCGGGUCCACUUGGGUCUAUCAGCUGCAGUUACAUAGACCUGAGAACCGAUGACAAUCAAACAGGACCCGACCCGGACCUGAGGGAAAAGUUUAAAUUUUGGACCCAGACCCGCUCGCGUCCUGUGCCGGGUCUCUGGUAUUCAGGUUCGGGUGGACCUGUGAAGACCUCUACUGUAGAGUAUUUGUUGCUAUAUCCACUAGUGUUAUUGGUCAAUGUCUAUUAUGUAACACUAAAAAAGUUAAGUCAUAUUGAUGAAGUGAUUUUUCAUAAAACCUCGCAAAAACAAGCUGGACCUCAGUUGACAUAUGUACUGAUUGGAAGCAGAACUGGUUUCUAUCUACGUGCUCUUGUUGUCUGUAUUAAUGGUUGAUUUGCUACAUCAUUGUGUUGUGCUGCUGAAUAGACCUGUGACCACUUCUUUGUGACCACUUCUUUGUGUGUAGUUGUGGAGUACACACCAUGCGACCCAUGACAUCCCAUUGUGUCUAAACAAGUCCCUGAGUGACCUGCAGCUGGACUAUCUGGACCUGUACCUGGUGCACUUCCCUAUUGGACUGAAGGUGGGAUUACAGUACACACUGGCAAAAAUAGUCACAUGGAUGAUAUAGGGACUAAUGGACUCUUCUGAUACAGUUCUUGACAUUUUAAUAACACACCUCUGUUUACUUUCACAUACAGUGCUUUCGGAAAGUAUUCAGACCCCUUGACUUUUUCCAAAUUUUGUUACGUUACAGCCUUAUUCUAAAAUUGAUCAAAUUAUUUUUUCUUCAUCAAUCUACACACAAUACCCCAUAAUGACAAAGCGAAAACCGGCUUUAUAUUUUUUUGUUAAUUUAUUUAAAAUAAAAAACAGAAAUAUCUUAUUUACAUAAGUAUUCAGACCCUUUCCUAUGAGACUCGAAAUUGAGCUCAGGUGCAUCCUGUUUCCAUUGGUCAUCCUUGAGAUGUUUCUACAACUUGAUUGGAGUCCACCUAUGGUAAAUUCAAUUGAUUUGACAUGAUUUGGAAAGGCACACACCUGUCUAUAUAAGGUCCACAGUUGACAGUGCAUGUCAGAGCAAAAACCAAGCCAUGAGGUCGAAGAAAUUGUCUGUAGAGCUCAGAGACAGGAUUGUGUCGAGGCACAGAUCUGGGGAAGGGUACCAAAACAUUUCUGCAGCAUUGAAGGUCCCCAAGAACUGUCACGAUCGUCGUAUGGAGUAGACCAAUGCGCAGCGUUAGUUGCGAACAUACUUUACUUUAUUUAAUGAAUGCACGAACAAAAACAAUAAACGAUACGUGACGUCCUAUGUUGAACACAACAAACACAGAACACACCGAAAGGAACAACCAACAGGAACAAGAUCCCACAAAUACAAAGGGAAAACAGACAGUUUAAAUAUGGCUCCCAAUCAGAGACAACCAGCCACAGCUGACACUCGUUGCCUCUGAUUGGGAGCCACUCUGGCCAACAUAGAAACACAACAACCAGAACUCCCGACAUAGAAAUACAACACAAGAAUGAACACACCCUGGCUCAACAUAUAGAGUCCCAGAGCCAGGGUGUGACAGUACCCCCCCCCCUAAAGGCGCGGACUGCGACCGCGCCUCAACUAGAACCAAACAGGGGAGGGCUGGGUGGGCAUUCCUCCUCGACGGCGGUUCUGGCUCCGGGCUUGCCCACCACCCUCCAAUAAUCCCCCCAUAGCGCCCCUGGUCCGGUCUGGCCCCGCUGGCUGGAGCUGAACUGGACAUCGUAGGAGCGGGUAGCUUCAGCUCCGUUGUGGAGCAGCUGACCGGUACCUGAUCAGGCACCGGUGACCCAGGCACGGGUUGUGCCGGACUGACGAGCCACCCCUGGCUUGGUGCGUGAGAGCAGGAACGGACCGGACCGGGCUGACGAUGCACACCCCUGGCUUGGUGCGUGGAGGAGGAACGGGCCUUACCAGGCUGACGACUCGCACCCCUGGCUUGGUGCGUGGAGGAGGAACGGGCCUUACCAGGCUGACGUCUCGCACCCCUGGCUUGGUGCGAGUAGCAGGAACAGGCCGGGCCGGGCUGGCGACGCGCACCGUAGGCUUGGUGCGAGUGGCAGGAACAGGCCGGGCCGGGCUGGCGACGCGCACCGUAGGCUUGGUGCGAGUGGCAGGAACAGGCCGGGCCGGGCUGGCGAUGCGCACCGUACACUUGGUGCGAGGGGCAGGAACAGGCCGGGCCGGGCUGGCGACGCGCACCGUACACUUGGUGCGAGGGGCAGGAACAGGCCGGGCCGGGCUGGCGACGCGCACCGUACGCUUGGUGCGAGGGGCAGGAACAGGCCGGGCCGGGCUGGCGACGCGCACCGUACACUUGGUGCGAGGGGCAGGAACAGGCCGGGCCGGGCUGGCGAUGCGCACCGUAGGUUUGGUGCGAGGAGCAGGAACAGGCCGGACCGGGCUGGCGACGCGCACCGUACACUUGGUGCGAGGGGCAGGAACAGGCCGGGCCGGGCUGGCGACGCGCACCGUACACUUGGUGCGAGGGGCAGGAACAGGCCGGGCCGGGCUGGCGUCUCGCACCCCUGGCUUGGUGCGAGUGGCAGGAACAGGCCGGGCCGGGCUGGGGACACACACCACUGGCUCUACACCGGGAUCUGGAACGGGCCGGACCGGACUGGUAACACACCCCAGUACCUCUCGCCGUGCCUCUACACCUUCCUUCCCUUCCUUGACCAGUGACCCCCGUAACCUGGUGGCCUUCUGAAUUCGCCCCUUGUCUGCCUCCGUCAGCCCCGUCAUCCAUGCCCUGUGCCCCCCCCUAAUUUUUUUUUGGGGUUGCCUCUCGUCUGUCCGACGACGACACUGAUUACGCCGUUGCUCCUCUCUCCGUCGCGCCUCUACCGUCUCACUCCAUGGCCGGCGAUCCAUCCCGGCCAGGAUUUCCUCCCAGGUCCAGGACCCCUGCCCGUCCAAGAUCUGCUCCCACAUCCAGGCUGCCUGCUCCUGGACACGCUGCUUGGUCCUGGUAUGGUGGGAUCUUCUGUCACGAUCGUCGUAUGGAGUAGACCAAUGCGCAGCGUUAGUUGCGAACAUACUUUACUUUAUUUAAUGAAUGCACGAACAAAAACAAUAAACGAUACGUGACGUCCUAUGUUGAACACAACAAACACGGAACACACCGAAAGGAACAACCAACAGGAACAAGAUCCCACAAAUACAAAGGGAAAACAGACAGUUUAAAUAUGGCUCCCAAUCAGAGACAACCAGCCACAGCUGACACUCGUUGCCUCUGAUUGGGAGCCACUCUGGCCAACAUAGAAACACAACAACCAGAACUCCCGACAUAGAAAUACAACACAAGAAUGAACACACCCUGGCUCAACAUAUAGAGUCCCAGAGCCAGGGUGUGACAAGAACACAGUGGCCUCCAUCCUAGAGCUGGCCGCCCGCCCAAACUGAGCAAUCGGUGGAGAAGGGCCUUGGUCAGGGAGGUGACCAAGAACCUGGUGGUCACUCUGACAGAGCUCCAGAGUUCCUCUGUGGAGAUGGGAGAACCUUCCAGAAGGACAACCAUCUCUGCAGCACUCCACCAAUCAGGCCUUUAUUGUAGAGUGGCCAGACGGAAGCCACUCCUCAGUAAAAGGCGCAUGACUGCCUGCUUGGAGUUUGCCAAAAGGCACCUAAAGGACUCUAAGACCAUGAUAAACAAGAUUCUCUGGUCUGAUGAAACCAAGAUUGAACUUUGGACUGAAUGCCAAGCGUCACAUCUCCAGGAAACCUGGCACCAUCCCUACGGUGAAGCAUGGUGGUGGCAGCAUCAUGCUGUGGGGAUGUUUUUCAGCAGCAGGGACUGGGAGACUAGUCAGGAUCAAGGGAAAGAUGAACGAAGCAAAGUACAGAGAGAACCUUAAUGAAAACCUGCUCCAGAGCGCUCAGGACCUCAGACUGGGGCAUAGGUUAUCCUUCUAACAGGACAACGACCCUAAGCACACAGUCAAGACAAUGCAGGAGUGGCUUCGGGACAAGUCUCUGAAUGUCCUUGAGUGGCCCAGCCAGAGCCCGGACUUGAACCCGAUCGAACAUCUCUGGAGAGACCUUUCCAUCCAACCUGACAGAGCUUGAGAGGAUCUGCAGGGAAGAAUAGGAGAAACUCCCCAAAUACAGGUAUGCCAAGCUUGUAGCAUCAUACCCAAGAAGACUCAAGGCUGUAAUCGCUGCUAAAGGUGCUUCAACAAAGUAAGUAAAAGGUCUGAUUACUUAUGUAAAUGCCAUAUUUCAGUUUUUUUUGUUUGUACAUUUGCAAAAAUUUCUAAAAACCUGUUUUUGCUUUGUCAUUAUGGGGUAGUAGUGUGGUCGUGUAUUCUGUUGUGUCCUCGUGUAAAUAGCCAGUGUUUUGUGUGUCUUUUUUCGUAUAUAUUUCUCUAUCUCACUUUCCAACCUUUAACUAAAUAUACUUUCCUGCAACCUGCCUCACCCAAUGUGGAACGGAUUCUAUUAUUAAUUUAUUUUUAUCAAGAACCUAUGGCUGAAACUAGCCAACUAGCCAGCUAACUAGCUACUUGCUAUUAGCCACCGUUAGCAGUCUUCACCACUGUCCGUGGGCUGCACUACCUACCAGCCAGCUCUAGCCUGGACAAUUAUCGGCCAGUCUGCACAGCGUGCUAUCGACCCUGUCACAAGUGUCAGUGUAAUGGGGUGGAUCGAAGUCAGGCGCAGGACACAGAACUCUAUGAAACGUACUUUACUGGAUAAGUAAAUAAAUCAAUACAAGAUACCUCCACACAGGGAGGAACAAACCCGCUCACCAACGACACACGAAAUGAAAAACAAACACGCACAAAACACAUUGGGAGCCACCGGGUUAAAUAGGGAAGGAGUAAUCACAUAAUGGGAAACAGGUGUGUAACAAUCAGACAACAGGUAGAACAUAGAAACAUAGAACAUAGAUCGGCAGCAGCUAGUAUUCCGGUGACGACGAACGCCGAAGCCUGCCCGAGCAAGGAGGAGGGGCAGCCUCGGCAGAAUCCGUGACAGACCCAGAACAUAUGGGAUUUUCUGCCGGAAUCACUGAAUCACUGGACCUUAGCACCAGACCAUCGCAACUAGCUAGCUGCAACCGAAUGGCUGUUGUUGGCUAAUCACCACUGUCCCGACGUACCAGUUAGCCUUGAGCUAGCCUCGAGCCCAUCUCCCGGCUAUCUACCUCUCUGUCAACCGGACCGGACCUCCUAGUGUCGACCUCCUAGCGCCGAUCCAUCACGACUGGUCUGCCGACGUAAUCGUCUGAUGUGGUUUCAACAGGCUUCCCAUUGUGAUGACCACGAAGAUCCAUCUGCUGCCUCCUGCUCGCCUGUGCUGUAGCAGCCUACGAACUGCUCCCGGACUUACUUAUUGCUGUUCACUGGACCUUAUGAUCACUCAGCUACACAGCUAAUGCCUGCUGGACUGUUCCUUUACACGGUACCCCAUCCUGUUGAUCUGUUUAGCCUCAGCCCAAACUUUCAUCGCCAUUACCAGUUGUUGUCUUAGCCCUCUCGAAUAACACCUGUGAUUGCGUUAUGCCUCUCUCGCAUAUCAAUAUGCCUAGCCUAUUACUGUUUGGGUUUGUUCUUAUUAUACAAUUUCACUGUAGAACCCCCAGUCCCGCUCAACCAGCCUCAGAGAGAUCCUUUGUCCCAUCCCCCAUACACGCGGAGACCGGCUCAAUCAGUACCUCCAGUGAUGCUAUCUCUUUCAUAGUUACCCAAUGCUUAGGUGUACCUCCACUGUACUCAUAUCCUUCCAUAUCCUUGUCUGUACAUAAUGCCCUGAAUCUAUUCUACAACGCCCGGAAAUCUGCCCCUUUUAUUCUCUGUACCCAAUGCACUAGAAGACCAGUUCUUAAAGCCUUUAGCCGUAUCCUUAUUCUAUUCCUCCUCUGUUCCUCUGGUGAUGUAGAGGUUACCCCAGGCGCUAUCAUUUGUUGACUUCUGUAACCCUAAAAGCCUUGGUUUCUUGCAUGUUAACAUCAGAAGCCUCCUCCUCAAGUUUGAGUUAUUCACUGCGUUAGCACACUCUGCCAACCCUGAUGUUCUAGCAGUGUCUGAAUCUUGGCUUAGGAAGGCCACCAAAAAUUCAGAAAUGUCCAUCCCGAACUACAACAUUUUCCGUCUAGAUAGAACUGCCAAAGGGGGCGGAGUUGCAAUCUACUGUAGAGAGUUGAGCUUCUACUUCUAAAAAUCCACCUUUCCAGAAAUAAGUCUCUCACUGUUGCCGCUUGCUACAGACCCCCCUCAGCCCCCAGUUGUGCCCUGGACACCAUAUGUGAAUUGCUUGCCCCCCAUCUAUCCUCAGAGUUCGUACUGCUUGGUGACCUAAACUUGGAUAUGCUUAACACCCCGGCCGUCCUACAAUCUAAACUAGAUGCCCUCAAUCUCACACAAAUUAUCAAGGAACCUACCAGGUCCAACCCUAAAUCCGUAAACAUGGGCACCCUCAUAGAUAUCAUCAUGACUAAUUUACCCUCUAAAUAUACCUCCCCUGUCUUCAACUAGGAUCUCAGCGAUCACUGCUUCAUUGCCUGUGUCUGUAAUGGGUCCGCGGUCAAACGACCACCCCUCAUCACUGUCAAACGCUCCCUAAAACACUUCAGUGAGCAGUCCUUUCUAAUUGACCUGGCCUGGGUAUCCUGGAUGGAUAUUGACCUCAUUCCGUCAGUAGAGGAUGCCUGGAUGUUCCUCAAAAGUGCUUUCCUCUCCAUCUUAAAUAAGCAUGCCCCAUUCAAAAAAUUCAGAACUAAGAACAUAUAUAGCCCCUGGUUCACCCCAGACUUGACUGCCCUUGACCAGCACAAAAACAUCCUGUGGCGUACUGCAUUAGCAUCGAACAGCCCCCGCGAUAUGCAACUUUUCAGGGAAGUCAGGAACCAAUAUACACAAUCAGUUAGGAAAGCAAAGGCUAGCUUUUUCAAACAGAAAUGUGCAUCCUGUAGCAACUUGCCCAUGCCCCCCCCCCCCCCCCCCCCCCCCGCUUCUCCUUCACCCAAAUUCAGAUAGCUGAUGUUCUGAAAGAGCUGCUAAAUCUGGACCGCUACAAAUCAGCUGGGCUAGACAAUCUGGACUCUUUCUUUCUAAAAUUAGCCGCCGAAAUUGUCGCAACCCCUAUUACUAGCCUGUUCAACCUCUCUUUCGUAUCGUCUGAGAUCCCCAGAGAUUGGAAAGCUGCCGCGGUCAUCCCCUUUCUUCAAAGGGGGUGACACUCUAGAUCCAAACUGUUACAGACCUAUAUCCAUCCUGCCCUGCCUUUCGAAAGUAUUUAAAGCCAAGUUAACGAACAGAUCACCGACCAUUUCAAAUCCCACCGUACCUUCUCCGCUAUGCAAUUUGGUUUCCGAGCUGGUCAUGGGUGCACCUCAGCCACAGUACUGUGCAGCCAUCUUCAUCGACCUGGCCAAGGCUUUUGACUCUGUCAAUCACCGCAUUCUUAUUGGCAGACUAAAUAGCCUUGGUUUCUCAAAUGACUGCCUCGCCUGGUUCACCAACUACUUCUCAGAUAGAGUUCAAUGUGUCAAAUCAAGGGCCAGUUGUCUGGACCUCUGGCAGUCUCUAUGAGGGUGCCACACGGUUCAAUUCUAGGGCCGACUCUAUUCUCUGUGUAUAUCAAUGAUGUCGCUCUUGCUCUUGCUGCUGGUGACUCUCAGAUCCACCUCUACGCAGACAACACCAUUUUGUAUACUGUGUUAACAAACCUCCAAACGAGCUUCAAUGCCAUACAACACGCCUUCCGUGGCCUCCAACUGCUCUUAAAACGCUAGUAAAACUAAAUGCAUGCUCUUCAAUCGAACGCUGCUUGCACCCGCCCGCCCGACUAGAAUCACUACUCUCGGCGGGUCUGACUUAGAAUAUGUGGACAACUACAAAUACCUAGGUGUCUGGUUAGACCGUAAACUCUCCUUCCAGACUCACAUUAAGCAUCUCCAAUCCAAAGUUAAAUCUAGAAUCGGCUUCCUAUUUCGCAACAAAGCCUCCUUCACUCAUGCUGCUAAACAUGCCCUCGUAAAACUGACUAUCCUACCGAUCCUUGACUUCGGCGAUGUCAUUUACAAAAUAGCUUCCAACAUUCUACUCAGCAAAUUGGAUGUAGUCUAUCACAGUGCCAUCCGUUUUGUCACCAAAGCCCCAUAUACUACCCACCAUUGUGACCUGUACGCUCUCGUUGGCUGGCCCUCACUACAUAUUCGUCGCCAAACCCACUGGCUCCAGGUCAUCUAUAAAUCACUUCUAGGCAAAUCCCUGCCUUAUCUUAGAUCAUUGGUCACCAUAGCAACACCCACCCGUAGUAUGCGCUCCAGCAGGUAUAUCUCACUGGUCAUCCCCAAAGCCAACAUCUCCUUUGGCCGCCAUUCCUUCCAGUUCUCUGCUGCAAAUGACUGGAACGAACUGCAAAAAUCUCUGAAGCUGGAGGCACUUAUCUCCCUCACUAACUUUAAGCAUUAGUUGUCAGAGCAGCUUACCGAUCACUGCACCUGUACACAGCCCAUCUGUAAUUAGCCCACCCAACUACCUCAUCCCCAUAUUGUUAUUUACAUUGUUAUUUAUUUUGCUCAUUUGCACCCCAGUAUCUCUAUUUGCACAUCAUCUUCUGCACAUCUAUCACUCCAGUGUUAAUACUAAAUUGUAAUUAUUUUGCACUAUGGCCUAUUUAUUGCCUUACCUCCAUAACUUACUACAUUUGCACACACUGUAUAUAGAUUUUCUAUUGUAUUUUUGACUGUAUGUUUUGUUUAUUCCAUAUGUAACUCUGUGUUGUUGUUGUUUUUAUCGCACUGCUUUGCUUUAUCUUGGCCAGGUUGCAGUUGUAAAUGAGAACUUGUUCUCAACUGGCUUACCUGGUUAAAUAAAGGUUAAAUAAAAAAUAAAAAAAGUUGUCUGUAGAUUGAUGAGGGAAAAAAACAAUUUAAUCAAUUUUAGAAUAAGGCUGUAACAUAACAAAAUGUGGAAAAAGUCAAGGGGUCUGAAUACUUUCCGAAUGCACUGUAUCUUUUUCAUUCCUUCCAGAAAGUGGAUGAUGAGCUCUUCCCUAUGAGAGAUGGAGAAAUGCUCACCACUGACAUUGACUAUCUGGACGUGUGGAAGGUUAGAACACUAUCAUCUCCUCUUCACUUCAUCAACAUCAUUAUACUGUCUCCUAACAACAAAGUGAUUUGCAUUUCUUUGUGAUCUAUUUUUGGUAUCAUGAAGUGUGGUGUAUUACUGUGUCUGUGCUGUAAUGUCUGCUGUGUGAUGUAGGGGAUGGAGGCCUUGCAGGCCUCAGGGAAGGUGAAGAGUAUUGGCGUGUCCAACUUCAACGUCCUCCAGCUGGAGAGACUGCUCUCUGUGGCCAAGGUUCCCCCUGCAGUCAACCAGGUGCUUCAAGGCUUUACACUGCAACUUUAGCUCUUUUAAAUACACCAUUAUGAAACACUGAGUACCUCACAAACCACAGGAGGCUACUGAGGGGAGGACAGCUCAUAAUAAUGGCUGGAAUGGAGUUAAUGGAAUGGUAUCAAACACAUGGAAACCAUUCCAUGUAUUCAGUUCCAGCCAUUACUAUGAGCCAGUCCUCCCCAAUUAAGGUGCCACCAACCUCCUGUGUCACAAACUUAUUUCACUCCUUUAACCAGCUCAACCAGUGCAAUACACAGUUAACUGUGUUUAUGCAUGGACACUACAUGUGCAAAUGGGUGUGUUUACCAUGCUGAAAGAGUGUGUGGGUGUCGCUACUGGGUCAGAGGGGAGGAGACAAGAAUGGAUAACAGGCGAAAGAGCGUUCUCACAGCUCUGUCAUCUCAUCAUCUCUCCCUCCACUCCUGCAGGUGGAGCUGCAUCCCUACCUGGUCCAGUCUGACCUGGUGGAGUUCUGCAAGUCUCGCAACAUCGCCCUCACUGCCUACAGCCCCUUUGGUUCCCCUGGAAGACCCAAAGACCUGUGAGUCCUCCUGACAAUAACAUGUAUACAGUAGCGACUGGACUAUGAUCCUGCACUAUUGACCCCACUAUUGGCCGAGUAAACAUCCCUCCCUAUGUUCCAAAAGUUGACUGUGUCAAUACUUCCUGCAGUCACUGUGGAGACACUGAUCCUGAGAAGCUGCUGGAGGACCCUGUGGUAGGAGACGUGGCUAAGAAGCACCGACGGAGCCCUGCUCAGGUUAGACUAGAUAGUUCAGUAGAAACACACAUCUAAGGUGUAUGCGUCUCAGCUGUGUGUCAAUCUCAGAUCUGUCUUCAGGGAGUGUGUGUGUGUGUGUGUGUGUGAAUGAGUAUCUGAGCUCUGCAUCUAAGGACUGUAUGUGUGUGUGUGUUGUUUCAGGUGCUGCUGAGGUACCAUGUGCAGCAGGGUAUAGCAGUGAUCCCCAAAAGUGUCAAACCCAACCACAUCCUGGAAAACACUAAGGUGAACUCUCUUUGACCCAAUAUAGAUUAUAUUUCCUCAUUUGUACUACAUGUAGCUCUUGCUCAAUCAUACCAUGAGUUCAUAUCAAGUUCAGUUUGAGGAAUAUGACUUUGACUGAUAUAGUAUUCAGUCUUAGUGCUAGUUUGAUCAAUGUCAGAUCAAUGUCUUGGUUUACACAUUUAGUUACUAACUAAUUACUCGCUAACAUAAAUCAAUGGAGAUGUCACUUUUGACAACCAUUCAAAUGUGUCAAAGGUACAAUAAACACUCAAAAAUAAAGUGUAUUGUCUGCAGAUCUUUGACUUCUCUCUGACUGAGGAGGACAUGUCAGCACUGAGAGGACUAAAUAGAGGCUGGAAGAGCUGCAUCAUCGACUCGUAAGACAUGCUAAACCCUUCCUUUUACAAAAAUACUUAAUACAUCAAUAAUUCCAUGUAGAGAACAACUGCUCCUACCCUGACAUGUUUCUGUUCUUCAGAUUGAAGUCUCAUCCAUACUACCCCUUUGAAUGACAGUCCCUGGGGAUCAGCGAGUUGAGACAAGAGACAGAGAAGUCACUUGGGAGAACAAAAUAACUGCUUCUCAACCUGAGAACAUAGCCAGAUUACUAUCCACCUUCUCAUCAACAUCAGCAGCAUCGGCCUGCAAAUGGUCUUCAACCAGUGUUUAUUGUUUACCUAUAAUGUGAAACUGUGAUGAUAAAUAGAAACUUGGCCUCCCGAGUGGCGCAGUGG